AUGUCUGCCAUCAGCCUGUUGAAGGAGUUGCUCAAGGCAUCCGAAAAGGCUGCCAACAUCGCACGUGUGUGUCGACGCAAUCAGCGCCUGUUCAGCUUGCUGAUACAGGAGAAGGAAAAGGAUGAAUCGAACUCGCGCUUUGAUCACGAUUUCAAAACCCUAGCCGACUGUCUGAUACAGGAGAUGAUAAAGUACGACAUUGGCAAGCAGUUUCCAGAAUUACGUGACAACAUCCGUGGGGAAGAAAACGCUAAGUUUACCAAUACGGCGGGUGAUUCGGUUAUCGUGACGGUGACGGACGAUCCGGGUAACACGUGUGCGGUGCUGGAAAAGAUUCUGAACGGUGACAGCGAAGCGGCAGCAGCCCUCGUCGACGAGGUGUACCGAGAUGUGGAGCUCGAUCUGGAAGCGCUAGAAAUACCGACCGACUCCAUACCGUUGGACAACAGCUGGUCCGAGCUGGGCAUCUGGAUCGAUCCGAUCGAUGGCACUGCCGAGUACAUCAAGGGCGAGGAAAAGUUAACUAAAUUCCCGAACAUUGCAUCCGCUGGCCUAAAAUGUUGCACCGUACUGAUAGGGGUGUACGAAACGUGCCAGGGUACACCAAUACUGGGCGUUAUCAAUCAACCGUUUGCGGACCGGGUAAGCGAACCGGACGAGGAGCACGAUCGGUACGAUGGGAAAAUCUACUGGGGUAUGUCGAUAGGAGAUUUGAAGUUUAACAACAUUGCACCGCACGAACCGGACGCGCGCAUUGCAAUACUUUCACCGUCCGAACAGUCGAAGUACGUUGAAUUCAUACGGAAUCAGCUAAAGUAUGACGUUAUCUAUUCGUCCGGCGCAGGCUACAAGAUACUGAAGAUAGCUACGGGCGAGGCGGAACUGUUUCUUUUAAGCAAAGGCACUACGUACAAGUGGGACACUUGUGCACCGCAAGCGAUUCUACGUUCCAUGAACGGGGACUUAUUUAACCUGCAGGACACGCUUAUUAACAAGUCAGUGAAGAAAAUCUCCUACCAAGAUCGCAAGGUAACGCGCAAUCUAGGCGGACUGAUUGCCUACCAGAACAUCGACAAGCUGCGAGAAUUUCUCAAACUGUAA